AAGGUGCAUUUAGUCAGUUUCAGAAUAAAUCAGUAUCAAUUUUAGUUUCACACAAAAUCAAUAUAAAAUAAAAUCAUGAAUUAUCUUUAAAAAUGUCCACUUCUUGUCCUGGAAUUUAUUGUGGCCGAAUUUGGAUCAAUGAUUCUUGGAGCGAUUGUAUGGCAUGUCCUCGCGGAUUUCGUUCGAACAACGAUCACAUUUGUGAACAAUGUGACAACGAUCUGCAGCUUUAUGAUUGGAUCUAUCUAUCUUUUAUGGUCGUAAUAUUCGUAUUGAUUCAGCUAUAUUUCGUCGAUAAGAGCACCAGAUCGGAUAAGCUGAAUUUUAUUUCGUUGACAUUUUUUACGGCAAUCUUUUGCGAGACAAUAUUGGCUUCAGUUCUUUCAGUACUUUUGUCUAACGAUUGGAAACUAGAGUUAAAAACUUGUGGUGUCAAAUCUUUCUCUGAUUGGUAUACUCUUUUUUAUAAUCCAUCAUUGAAUGAACAUUUUCAUUGCACAAAUGAGGCCGUAUAUCCACUCUAUUCAAUCGUAUUCCUAUUCUAUCUGAUCUCACUUGGAUUUGUAUUGAUUCGUCAUUUUUAUCUUCGUGUAGUUAGUUGCAUUAUAUACUUAUUGACAUCUUCUAGCCAAAUCAAAAAUCUGUACUCCAAAAAUUUCCUGACUAAAAAUAUUUAUUAUGUAUUGUAUUCGAUUCCAGCAUUGAUGUUCAUACACGCUAUGUUGGCUGGUGUUAUUUAUUACGUUUUUCCAUAUUUGUUAAUUAUUGGGUCGGUGAUUUCUAUUGCGAUUCAUUUUUCCUAUCACAUUGAUCAAAGUUAUGUGUAUUUAUUUCACGCCAUGUUUCAUUUUCGAAAUUUGAUCAUUGUUCUUUGCCAUUGGGCAUUGCACGUAUUUGGCAUUGUUUCAGUGACUGAGAUGAAAGGCAAAUAUGAUUAUCUCUUAUUAUUAUUGGUACCAUUUCCUACAUUGUUCUACAUAUUCACAUCGAAAUUCAGUGAUCCAUCAAAACUUUGAUUAUUUUAUUGUAUCUUGUUUUGUUUCAUAUAUGCAACAUUGUAUAUUUUUUUUCAUGCAUAGAACCGAAUUUUGCUUUCCAAUUCAUAUUCAAGAAGCUCGUUCUUGUAAAUCUCCAAUCUCUGUGUGUGUGUGGAAAGAAAUGUCAAUUAUUAUUAAAUAGAAAUUAAAGAUAUUUAUCAAACUUUA